AAACAAGCCAGCUAGUUAGUUAGCUUUUUUAUGUACAUAUAUAGAAACAGCUUGAUAAAAGUUAUAAGUACAUUUUUUACGUCACACUUCGAUAACGGACAUCUGAGGAACGUCCCCAACGGAUUAAAGGAGCGGCUAAAGUGGAAAUGGAGGAGGUUCACCAGAGUGGUAGUAACGGCACCGAGUCACAACCUGUCACCAUCCCGACCACCAUCACAGCCUCUCAGUUAUCACAGAUCACUCAGAUGACUCUGGGAGGGUCUCCUGUAGCUGUGGUGCAGCUCCCCGGAGGUCAGAUCCAGGUGCAGGGGGUCAUCCAGUCGGCUCAGUCUUCAGUGAUACAGUCUCCACCAGCACAAGUACAGGGUCAGGUGUCAGACAGUGAAGAUUCUCAGGAUUCGACCGACAGUGGAGCUUCAAACCAGAAGACACGAGAGCUGCUGGCCAGACGCCCGUCUUACAGGAAGAUUUUAAACGACCUCUCAGCAGAGGAAGUAGCAACACGUAAUGAAGGAGAGGAGGAGACCUCUGCGUCGUCCACCAUGACCACCGUGUCUCUGUCCACGCCCAUCUAUCAGACCAGCAGUGGACAGUACAUCGCGAUAGCGUCAAACGGCUCCCUGCAGUUAGCCGGCGCGGGUUCAGAGGGUGUUCAGGGCCUGCAGACGCUCACCAUGACCAACUCAAACCCGAGCCAGCCCACUAUACUGCAGUAUGCUCAGACCGCAGAUGGACAGCAGAUCCUCCUACCCAGCAAUCAGGUGGUGCUGCAAGGAGCAGGAGGUGAGAUGCAGGCGUACCAGAUUCGCUCGUCAUCGUCAGCGCUGCCUCAGACAGUGGUCAUGACCUCACCGGUCAUCAGUUCUCAGGGAAAGAGCGAUGACCCUCAGAUGAAACGAGAGAUUCGUCUCGCCAAAAACAGGGAGGCAGCUCGAGAGUGUCGCAGGAAAAAGAAGGAGUACGUGAAGUGCCUGGAGAACCGCGUGGCCGUACUGGAGAACCAGAACAAAACGCUGAUCGAGGAGCUGAAGACGUUAAAGGACCUGUACUGUGUCAAAACGGGCUAACGGUUAGCGCUCGGAUAAAUGGACAGUACCGCAGCUCUGCCUACACACACACACACACACACACACACACACACACACAGGGAAUGCCAGUUUUUAUAUUCCUUUUUAACUAACAGCUUAGGAAGCGCAGGUCACACACAGAGUUUAUGGAGAAUAAUGAUGAUAUUUUUCCUUUAGCUAUUUUUAAUAAGAGAUGAGCAGAUGUGUAUAUAUUUGUGUAUGUGUCCCGGGGGUGUGUCCUUGCCCCACCCACAUGGGGAAUAUCCUCUUCAUCAGCAAGACGUGUGUUUUAUUAGGGAAUGUGUUUUUUUUUGUUUGUUUUUUUUCCCUCCCAGAAGUGCUUAAAUAAAAUGAAAGGUGAGAAUAGUUCAUACAGGUGAAUAAACUCCGCCCCCUUUCUCUC